UUAAACACGGGAAGAAGAGAAGAGAGACCCCACCAUCACGACCUUCGUCACCUCUUGGCUCUUUGUAUAUUAACCAUUUUUUGCUCUCUCUUUUCUAUUCAAAUCAAAAAAAUAAAUUAUAUCUAAAAACCAAAACCAAAAACAGUGAGAGAGCAAAAAAUCGAUAACAUAACGUUAGGAUCUGAAAUAUUUAAGAACAAAAAACAUGUCGUGCUCCGUUGCGGUUUCAAAUUCGCCGGUCUUUUCACCAUCGUCGUCUCUGUUUUGUAACAAAAGCUCUAUGUUAUCUCCUCCCGAAACGCUGACUCUAACAUUGUCUCACUUGAAGCCCUCACAAGGUUCUUCUUCGUCGUGUUCUGCUUCUUCCCCAACUCCUUCCUCGCCUUCCUCCCCCUUUAGGCUUAGGAUUCCCAAGCCUCCCACAGGGCUUUCCGGUCCUGGUUCGUCGUCCCCGAGUACUGUCUUCAAGAGAAAGAGGCCCACGAGAUUGGAUAUUCCGGUUGCAUCUUGGAGCUCAGCUGCUCCUCCUGCGACGCCUUCACCGGCAACGUGGAGAGAGCUUGUGGAGAUUGAAAAUGAUGGGUAUUCUGUGUAUUGCAAGAGAGGGAGGAGAGAGGCUAUGGAGGAUCGGUACUCUGUUGGUCUCAAUCUUCAAGGUGAUCCCAAACAGGCUUUCUUUGGUGUAUUUGAUGGACAUGGAGGCUCAAAAGCUGCAGCAUUUGCAGCUGAUAACUUGGAAAAGAACGUAUUGGCUGAAUUAGUGAGCAAGGAUGGUGAUGACCACAUUGAGGAGGCAGUUAAGCAUGGUUACCUGAACACAGAUUCAGACUUUCUUAAACAAGAUUUUCGUGGCGGUUCUUGUUGUGUGACUGCUUUAAUCAGGAAAGGUAACCUUGUUGUGUCAAAUGCUGGAGACUGCCGCGCUGUGAUGAGCAGAGGUGGUGCUGCUGAGGCUCUAACAUCUGAUCAUCGGCCCUCCAGGGAAGAUGAGAAAGAGAGAAUCGAGAACACGGGCGGGUAUGUUGAUCUUUGCCGUGGCGUAUGGAGAAUCCAGGGGUCUCUGGCUGUCUCUAGAGGGAUUGGAGAUCGUCACCUUAAACAAUGGGUGAUUGCAGAACCGGAGACAAGAGUACUUCAAAUCAAACCCGAGCACGAGUUCUUGAUUCUGGCCUCAGAUGGAUUGUGGGAUAAGGUUAGUAACCAAGAAGCUGUAGACACUGUUCGCGGUUUUUGUGUAGGAGUUGAGAAGCCAGAGCCAUUGUUUGCCUGUAAAAAGCUUGUGGAAGUAGCUGCAUCGCGAGGCUCUUUCGAUGAUAUUAGUGUAAUGCUAAUUCAAUUAGGGUGUUACAUAUGAUUCCAUAGUUCAUUAAUAGAAGACAACCAGCCUAACACUCUGAUGUUGUUCUGUUUUUACUGUUAUGCUGAUGUUGGUAAUAAACUGCAGGCUAAGUAAGAUAGGGAUGAUAAUGUUGGUGGUUAAAUUAUAUGUAGUGAUUAUUCAUUUGUAAAUGGUUUUAUAUUUAACUUAGUUUUGGGCAAUUUUAGCUCCCUUUAGUUAGCUAAGGGACUAAAGAUUGAGACGUAGUCAGAUCACUGAUUGUAUUCUUUAUUCUUUGAUUAAUUUAUUCUUAACCAUUCUUUUCUAUACAAAAA